AUGGCUUCUCUGGACUUACAUCUUUGUCAUGUUAUCUUGAUUCUCCUCGUCUUCUCAAUAUCGGCGUUGGCCUUUGUCGUUACUAACAAAGGCGCAGGCAAGAAGAUUUCUGGGAGAGGGUAUAAAGAGUAUAGACUUGGAGAUUACUCUAACUGGUUGCAGAAACGUGUGAACAGUGACAAGAACUGGAGUAAGAUUAGGAGUUGUCUUGUUGACAGCAAGGUUUGUUCUAAGCUUGAAGCUAAGCUUGUUGGUGUUCCUGUUAACAACUUCUACAACGAACAUCUUACUGCCCUUCAGUCUGGUUGCUGCAAACCCUCAGAACAGUGCCAAUAUACUUACAUAAGCGCCACAAAUUGGACCAAGACGGCUGGAACACACCCUAAUUCAGACUGCCAAAGCUGGGACAACGCACCAAACAAGCUCUGCUUCGAUUGCCAAUCUUGCAAAGCGGGUCUUCUCGACAACAUCAAGAGCGCAUGGAAGAAAGUUGCAGUAGUCAACAUCAUAUUCCUUGUCUUCCUUAUCAUUGUCUACUCUGUUGGUUGCUGUGAUUUGAGGAACAACAAGAGAGAUGACA